CGUGCAUCGUGCGGUCUCGCGGAACCAUUCGUCAACGACUACCCUGGACGGCGACACCAUCUGCUCGUCUACAGCAUGGAUUCUUCAUCAGGAACUAUAGGCUGCGGGACUCAGACAUGCCUCCUUAUGUGGAAGAAUGUCUAUCUGUACCGCGUGCGUCGAGUCUGGCUUCUGAGUCUGCUGGAAAGCGCCUUUGCCCUGCUCGUCUUAAUCGGCAUCUGGAACGAUGCGGCGGACACCACCUCCGUUGUGCCUGUGCCUCCCAAGCAGGUGUACAAGCCGGCGCAUCCACUUGACGGCUUUACCGGUAACAUAUCGACCAUAUACUAUGCACCCGACGCUGCGUUCUACCGUAUGCUCUGCGCCGAAGUUGCUUCUACCCUAGGUGUACCGAUGGUUAUGCCAUUCCAGACGGAUCAGGAUAUCGAUACACACUUGCAACGCAAGAAACAAAAGGCAGCUCCUGGUAGCAUCGUGGCAUUAAUUUUUAACAGCAGCCGUAGAGGCCGAGGGCGUCGCCAAACGGUGAUGUCGCAGACUAUGACACGAUUCUUCUACACUGUUCGCAUCAAUGGACUCAUCUUCGACAUCAACUUAGACUACGUACGAGACCUGGUCUGUCCUGGACCACUGAACUUAUCUGCCUACAAUGAGACCACGCAUCUUCUGCCUGUACAAUACGCCGUAGAGAGCGCCUACUUGAAGCUUGUAGCAAAGGCGAACGGCCAGAAGCUCGAACAUAACGUAUCUCUCCAGAGGUUCCCUUACCCUAGUGUCUACCCGGAACAGUACAAGGUAGCAUUUGUUCGAACCGUCAUUCGCUUUGGAAUAUCUUUCUUGCUACCAUUCUGCAUGCUGGUUGUCGAGUUGGCUCGUGAGAAAGCAAGUGGACAACGUGAGAUGCAGCGCCUGAACGGUGUCAACGAUUUGGUCUACUGGUUCAGCCACUUCGUGAGCGCCCAAAGCUUCCUCCUUCCACUAGAAGCCCUCAUGGAAGUGUUUCUCUACAAAGUCACAAACAGCAAAGGGCAAUCAUUCCUCGUCAAGGCCGAUCCUGUCCUCGUCUACCUUGUACUCGUCCUCUAUGGAAGCGCUGCCAUCAUGCAUGCUUUUUUCAUAUCUGUCUUCGUUAACAGCUAUGGUGCUGCCCUGGUGGUUUCUCCUCUCUACUGGAUCCUCAGCAUCCUAGUUCCAUACCUGACGAUUGAAAAUCCGUACGGGUUUGGUCACUAUCUGAUAUCUAGGCCGAAAAAGCUGAUUUCAUCUUUCGUACCCGGCAUGUGUUUACAUUGGUGCUGGAUCGUUAUCGAAAGAUUCGAACGUUUCAGUGAAGGGGCGAACUGGACAAAUUUCUACGAUCGCUCAGCGACUCCCGACAAUGUUACUCUCCUGGAGUUGCUGCUAGUGUCUCUGCUGUCUUGUCUUCUUUUGAUGUUUCUAGCCUGGUACCUCGACAAUGUACUCCCGUUUGGUGUCGGAUUGCACCGCGCUCCGUGGUUUCUAAUACAGUGGUCCUACUGGUCCCCACCUGUAAUUCAACCUGAGCAACUGAGGAACGUGUACCAUAGCUGCAAGUUGGUGCCCGGGAGGAUGAUCCAAACGUAUCCUAGAGACUCUGCGCCUGUUCUGUAUCUGGUGCGCUUAACCAAAUUUGUCCGAAAUAAGCCAGUGCUUCGACUGGUGAACCUGAGAGUCUUCGACAAAGAAAUCACAGUCCUCCUUUCUGGUCGCCAUAGAGCUGCUUCUCUUAUGCUCCAGAUAAUCACCGGUUACCUUGCCCCUGACGAGGGUCAAGUGAUUGUGGAUCACUACGACGUCCAUCGGAACCCGAGAGAUGCCCGAAGAUGCUUCAGUUUCUGUCCAGAACAAAACGUGAUUUUCGCGGGCCUCACCGUAGAAGAGCACUUACUGUUUUAUGGUGUGCUCAGCGGCAUCGAUAGUGUCCUGAUACGGUUCGUAGUUUCCGAGCUUAUGGACGACCUCAACAUGAAUGCUAUUCGUUCGGAGUUCCAGAAAAACCUUGAUGACAGCCAGCAACGACUUCUGUGCGUCGCCAUAGCCAUAAUUACGUCAGACUCGAAAAAGCUUCUGGUGCUAGACAAGCCUACGAGUAAAAUGGACCCACAGACUCGGCGCGACGUUUGGGAACUGCUCCUGAAGAUUCGUCGUUUUCGAGGAAUCAUUCUUUGCACAGAAGACGUAGAAGAAGCUGAUGCUUUGGCUGACAGGGUCAUCUUUCUGCAAGGCGGGCAUAUCAGUUGUGCUGGCGCACCAUCUUUUCUACGAGGUCGUAUCGGCAUGGGAUACCAGCUCCACUUCCAGAAAGGCGCGGCAUUCAAUGAUAAGCUCCUGAAACAUAUUUUACGAAGGAGAGUGCGUUGGAUUCAACGCGUCUCUGACAACGCCAAUGAAGUGACGUACAAGAUAACCGACAGCGAAGAUCCUUCCACUACGAUGCGUGACAUCGUCUUGGACAUUGAACUUCGGCAAGACGAAUUGGACAUCGUUAAUUUGGGAAUUACAGUGAGAACUCUGGAAGACGUCAUCCUCAGGAUUAGGGAUAGAGGAAGCGCUACAAGUGUCAAGACUACAGCGUCACCCGGGGCGUCCAGUACGACAGAAACCGUUGACCUGUGGGGCAGAGCCACAGAACCCGGUACGCUACGUUAUCUCUCAACCCUACUCUACAAGCGCUACCUCGACUGUAAAAGAGCCCUGAGACCUACGCGUUGGUGCCUACCGGCUGUCGUGUUCCUCGUGUGGGGUAUCUGCGAGUACAUCAUUCUCGAUCCAGAGCAAUCUGUUCAGAAAACACUCGACUACAAGCUCGACGAACUGUUCAACGAUCCGCAAGGAUUUUGUGAAAUUCGCGGAACAGAAGGUCAAUGGAAGAACUUCACCAGCCAGGUGCUUUGUCGAACCCUGUGGCAAAGAGGCCUCGAAGAAAUGCAUCUAGAUCCGACGAGUCCUUCAGAUGACCUGCUCGAAAUAUCGAGGAUGUCCAUGUGGCGUUUCAUCUUUCGUGUGCAGAUGGGCACGGUCGUGGAGAACGAGCCAGGCUUCAGGGUGAACUUGUGGUACAACGGCCAAUGCCCACACACGCCCUUGGUCCUCCUCAGUUUGUACCACACGGCUGUGCUUCGGAAUUUGACUGGUGAUCCCGAGGUCGUUAUCCAGUUGAGGAACGCACCAGUCACGUUCGCUCCGAUGCAGUCUGAACAGACGCUGGCCGGUCUCUUUCUGGAGUCCGAAGUGGGUCGGAUACCUCGCAGCACAGGAUAUGUCAUAUACGCGAUCAUGGUGCGCAUACUGGCCAGCUUGUUCGUGCCCCUGGGCGCAUGCAUCCACGCAGCGAGUUUUGCGGAUUCUGCGGUCAGGGAACGUGUGACAAAGUCCAAACUCCUGCAGCUGAUGACUGGACUGUCUGGCUUGCUCUAUUGGGUCGGCAACUUCGUCUUCGAUAUGGGACUCUGCACCGUACACUCAGUCGUGUUUACAGCAGCAGUAAGGUCUUGUAGGACGAUAUUGGAAGAUUUCCUGUAUGUUGCUGCCGUGUUCGCUGUCUUCAUGGCUUACAGCGCGUCCGUUGUUCCUCUGGCCUACCUGGCAUCGUUUCUGUUCAACAGCGCCUCUGCUGCCUUUUAUACUCUCAGCUACGUCUACCUCUGUGGAGGCGUAUUCGGCGCAACGGUUGCAGCUAUUGCUGACCUGGUGGACAUUGAAAGAUCAAGUGUGGGCAUGCUGGCGGUGACCGCGCUGAGGAGCUCUCCCAUGCAAUGGUUGCCAACCUUCUUGCUCUGCCGCGCCCUCAUCAAACUAAUCCUUUUGCGGAAGGAGAACCUUCUGUGUAUGGAACGUGGCGAAGAAUUGGACAGCUUCUGUAAUUCCGAAGAAGUGUGGCGCUUCAGUAAUUCGCUUCACAAAUGCUGUAUUGCCAUUAAAAUGGGCGAAGAGCCGGAAAUUACCCUUCCUCUCAGCCUGUACGGGAAGCAUACUGGUGGCUACGAAGUCGUCACGAUGCUUCUACAAGGUUCAAUUUACUUUGCUAUCAUCGCCUUCCUCGACUCUGGUCUCAUGUACCGUUUCUGGUGGGUGCUUCAUCGCAAGACAUCCAAAGGGCCCGGGACACAGACACCAACUCCGUCCCGUCCGCAAACCCCCAACACAACCCGCAUGAGGCAUUGCUCUGUCGCUGGCGCUUCCUUCGAUGCUGGGGUUAUGGAGGAACGAAAGGUAGCGGAAAUCAUCCUGAGAGGGGACUACGCGAAGUCCAAGACGCUCAUUCUCUACAAUAUGAGGAAGACAUUUGGUAUUUGUAAGUCCCGUGCUGCUGUGGGUGGGGUGUCCUUGACGGUAGCCAAAAACGAAUGCUUUGGAGUCUUGGGUGUGGCUGGAACGGGAAAGUCGACGCUACUGCGAAUGCUCGCUGGAGACCUAUUCGUUACUUCCGGUGAGGCAUAUAUGGAAGGCCUGGAACUCACCAAGCACACGCGACGUUGGCAGAGAAUGGUUGGAUAUUGUCCAGCUGAAGGUGGACUGAUUGACACCCUGACAGGACGGGAGACACUGAAGAUAUACGCCUACCUUCGAGGAAUACCAGACGUGCCGGAGGCCGUUGAUGCUUUGAUGAAAUUCGUCGACCUACCGGAUCCCGAUGACCUGGUUGACACGUACACUCCCGAAGGCAGGAAGAAACUUUCCUUGGCGAUUGCGCUCCAGGGUUCUCCCUCCAUACUUCUACUUGAUAUUCCAGAAGUUGAUCUCGUCUCGCUAGGGAAUGUUCACAAGGUAGUCCAGGCUACGCGAGACACACGACGGAUCACCAUUUUACUAACCUGCAACCGUCUGGGACGAUUCGACGUCUUGUGUGAUCGGGUCGCCAUCAUGGUAGCUGGACGCCUGGAAUGCAUAGGCUCUGCUAAAGAGCUGCAAGCUGGGCGUGACGUCACCAUCAACGUGGAUGCGUAUCCGGACCGCAAAAACGACACGGCCCACUUGCGAGAGAUCGCUGACGCAGUUCUGGAGGCGUUUCCCGAAGGUUCGCGAGAAGAUCCUAUCGGCUGGAGGAAGAGCAGUGGGCGCACAACAUAAGACUAAAAGUCCGCUAUGUCGAGACUGGGUCAACGCCGCGACUGACGCUCUCCGACGUCGCUGCUCCGUUUUUCGCAGUAAACAUGCGUGGCUUGUGCUGGUUGGGUUCCACACUGAAAUUCGGGGUCUUUCUCCGUUACUCCUGAAUGCCACCUUCUUCCCAGUAUGUGCCGUCAUGCUUCUGAUGUUUCCUUCCCCGCGCAUGAAUCUUGCUCCAUUAAAUCUUGCGCCAUUAACACAUUUU